CUCCUCCGGCGCGGGCGGAGGCUGGGAGUUGAGGAGGGUGGGAAAGAUGGGGGGGGGAAAUGCAGAGGCUCCCUCUUCGUCCUUCCCCCUCCCCGAUCCUGCGCCUCUUUCUGCGGGCCGUCUUUUCCCUCCGCCCCUCUCUUCCCCGCCAAGUUGCUCCUCCUUAAGGGGCCAGGAUUCCCCUCCCCCCCCCAUCUUCGGGCGGGGGGCAGCAGGAUUAACCCCCCCUCCCACUCGGACUUUCCCCCUUCCCCUCCCCCGCCGCCCCCGGGCUCGCACAGGCUGGACUUUGCGCCCGGGCGCGCGGGGGGAGGGGGCCUCGCCGCCCCCUGCCCGUCUGCCCCGUCGGAAUCCGGCCCGGGGCGGGGACGAGGGGAGGGGGAAGGGGGCCGGGCGCCGCUGUUCAAACUUGUUUCCUUCCCCCGGCGGCGGCCGCGGCUCCGGCUCCUAUGUGCGGGGUUUGCCUUCCCAGAUUGGGCCUACAAACCGGAGUCAUCCCCUGGCUCCAGGCAGAUCCAGCUGUGGCACUUUAUCCUGGAGCUGCUUCGGAAAGAGGAGUACCAGGGCGUCAUCGCCUGGCAGGGGGACUACGGGGAGUUUGUCAUCAAGGACCCUGAUGAAGUGGCCCGCCUCUGGGGGGUCCGCAAGUGCAAACCCCAGAUGAACUAUGACAAGCUGAGCCGGGCUUUGCGCUAUUAUUACAACAAGCGCAUUCUACACAAGACCAAGGGGAAACGGUUCACCUACAAGUUCAACUUCAACAAACUGGUGCUGGUCAAUUACCCUUUCAUCGAUAUGGGGCUGGCUGGGGGUGCAGUUCCCCAAAGCGCCCCUCCAGUGCCAUCAGGCGGCAGCCAUUUCCGCUUCCCUCCCUCAACACCCUCCGAGGUGCUGUCCCCCACCGAGGAUCCCCGAUCUCCACCGGCUUGUUCUUCAUCAUCCUCUUCUCUCUUCUCUGCUGUGGUUGCCCGACGCCUGGGCCGAGGCUCAGUCAGUGACUGUAGUGACGGCACAUCAGAGCUGGAGGAGCCUCUGGGAGAGGACCCCAGGGCAAGACCACCUGGCCCUCCGGAGCUGGGUGCCUUCCGAGGGCCCCCCCUGGCCCGCCUCCCGCAUGACCCUGGUGUCUUCCGUGUCUAUCCUCGGCCCCGGGGUGGUCCUGAACCCCUGAGUCCCUUCCCUGUGUCACCUUUGGCUGGGCCUGGCUCCCUUCUACCCCCUCAGCUCUCCCCAGCUCUGCCCAUGACUCCCACCCACCUGGCCUACACACCCUCACCCACGCUGAGUCCUAUGUACCCCAGUGGCGGCGGGGGCCCUAGUGGCUCAGGGGGAGGUUCCCACUUCUCCUUCAGUCCCGAGGACAUGAAACGGUACCUGCAGGCCCACACCCAAAGCGUCUACAACUACCACCUCAGUCCCCGCGCCUUCCUGCACUACCCAGGGCUGGUGGUGCCCCAGCCUCAGCGCCCUGACAAGUGCCCACUGCCGCCCAUGGCACCGGAGACCCCGCCGGUCCCCUCCUCAGCCUCGUCUUCCUCUUCCUCCUCUUCAUCCCCGUUCAAGUUUAAGCUGCAGCCACCCCCGCUAGGACGCCGGCAGCGGGCAGCUGGAGAGAAGGCUCCAGGAGGCACUGACAAGAGCAGCAGCGGCAGUGGCUCGGGUGGGCUGGCUGAGGGGGCAGGUGCGUUAGCUCCCCCACCGCCACCACCCCAGAUUAAGGUGGAGCCCAUCUCAGAAGGCGAGUCGGAGGAGGUGGAGGUGACUGACAUCAGUGACGAAGAUGAGGAAGAUGGGGAGGUGUUCAAGACCCCCCGUGCCCCGCCUGCUCCCCCCAAGCCAGAGCCCGGAGAGGCACCGGGGAUGGCCCAGUGCAUGCCCCUUAAACUGCGCUUUAAGCGGCGCUGGAGUGAAGACUGUCGCCUGGAGGGGGGCGGGUGCCUGUCUGGGGGCCCUGAGGAUGAGGGUGAGGACAAGAAGGUGCGUGGGGACGUGGGCCCUGGGGAGUCUGGGGGACCCCUUACCCCACGACGGGUGAGCUCUGACCUCCAGCACGCCACAGCCCAGCUCUCCCUGGAGCACCGAGAUUCCUGAGAGCUGUGGACACGGCCCCGUGUGCCACCCCCACCCACCCAACUCCCUGAGCUUUUGCUGCCUUAACCGUCCCACCCCCCCCCCCAGCCCUGGAGGUGAGGACAGCUCUCUAUUCCUUGCCUCCUCCCUUUCCCCUCCCCCACAUUUUGUAUAAAACUGAAUUUUUUUUUUUUAAUGGUAGGGUGGGUGGGUGCCCAGAGCUAGGGGCUAAUCUGCUCCUCAUCUGGGUUUCUAAGUUCUGGGCAAAGUGGUGGUGGGGGGUGGGAGGGGGGUGUUAAGGGGGGGGCACCUCCAUUCUGGGGAUUUCUAUUUGAACCGAGGCUUUGGCCUUCAAACCCAGGAACUUUUUUUAUUACAAUCGUAGGAAGAAAAGCCUUGUCUCCCUCCCUCUUCUCUGCCUCUUACCUCGUCCUCCCCCCCCCUCCCGCACCCCAAAUCCAUGGCCCUAACCCUGCCUUUCUUGCCCCUCCAGGGGCUGUGAGUGCCUGGGUUUCUUAUACCCCACAAGGUUGCAGCAGGGGCAGGAGGGACAAAUUUUAUAAACCAAAAAUUCUGUGGGGGGUGGUGGGGUGGGAGGCAGAGGAAGGUGAGGGGUGCCGCCUGUGGGCCACAAAUCUCUACAAGUGCCUGUUCCCUACACCACCCAGUACUGGUCCAGUCCCUUCACGCCCACCCCCUGCUGCUCCUAGGUCUGGCCCAUGGGCAGGUGGGUCAGGGGACAGGAAGGGGGGGUUGUCUCUCAAAACCAAACUGGAAGCCCCUCUCUGCCUCCUAGCUGGGGCCCCAGGGGUGGCCUGGAGGGCUGCGGUCAAGCCUUAUUCUGUAUUGGGAAUGGAGGGUGGGGUGGGACAUGAGGGGGCUGCUGGAGAAUGUAUUCAAAACAAUAAAACUUUGGACCUUUG